AUGGGGGAUGCUGAGAUGGCAGUGUUUGGGGCUGCAGCCUCGUACCUGCGAAAAUCAGACAGAGAGCGUCUAGAGGCGCAGACACGUCCAUUUGACAUGAAGAAGGAAUGUUUUGUGCCUGACCCUGUUGAGGAGUUUGUCAAGGGAACCAUUGUUAGUCGAGACGGAAGCAAUGUGACGGUAGACGCCCAAAAUGGGAAGACAGUCACUGUCAAAGACACCCAGAUUCUGCAACAGAAUCCUCCCAAAUUUGACAAGAUUGAGGACAUGGCCAUGCUAACCUUCCUUCAUGAGCCUGCUGUGCUGUACAACCUCAAAGAGCGUUAUGCAGCAUGGAUGAUCUAUACCUACUCUGGGCUGUUCUGUGUCACUGUCAACCCCUAUAAGUGGCUGCCAGUGUAUAAUCAGGAGGUGGUUCUAGCAUACAGGGGAAAGAAGAGGAGUGAAGCUCCUCCCCACAUCUAUUCCAUCUCUGACAAUGCUUAUCAAUACAUGUUGGCUGACCGUGAGAACCAGUCUAUCCUGAUCACUGGAGAAUCUGGUGCUGGGAAGACUGUAAACACCAAAAGGGUCAUCCAAUACUUUGCCAGCAUUGCGGCUAGUGGUGGAAAGAAGGAGCUGACUGCUCAAAGCAAGGGUACUCUAGAGGAUCAAAUUAUCCAGGCUAAUCCUGCUCUGGAGGCUUUUGGCAAUGCCAAGACCAUCAGAAAUGACAACUCCUCAAGAUUUGGUAAAUUCAUCCGAAUUCACUUUGAUACAAGGGGAAAACUAGCAUCAGCUGAUAUUGAAACAUAUCUCUUGGAGAAGUCUCGUGUCAUUUUUCAGCUCAGAGCUGAAAGAGACUAUCACAUCUUCUAUCAGAUACUGUCAAAUAAAAAACCUGAGAUACUUGAGAUGCUGCUGGUAACAAAUAACCCCUAUGAUUAUUCAUUUAUCUCUCAGGGAGAGACCACUGUUCCCUCAAUUGAUGAUGCUGAAGAAUUAAUGGCAACAGAUAAUGCAUUUGAUGUACUGGAUUUCACACAAGAAGAAAAAAAUUCUGCAUACAAGCUAACAGGAGCCAUCAUGCACUACGGCAACAUGAAAUUCAAGCAGAAACAGCGUGAGGAACAGGCAGAGGCAGAUGGAACUGAGGAUGCUGAUAAAGCAGCCUAUUUGAUGGGUCUCAAUUCUGCUGACCUCAUCAAGGGUCUUUGUCACCCCAGGGUCAAAGUAGGAAAUGAGUGGGUCACAAAGGGACAGAAUGUCCAACAGGUGAACUAUGCUGUCGGUGCCCUGUCCAAAGCAGUAUAUGAGAAGAUGUUCCUCUGGAUGGUGGUGAGAAUCAACCAAUCCUUGGAGACCAGGCAGCCUCGCCAGUACUUCAUAGGUGUACUAGACAUUGCUGGUUUUGAGAUCUUUGAAUUCAACACCUUUGAACAACUCUGUAUCAACUUUACCAAUGAGAAACUGCAACAGUUUUUCAACCACCACAUGUUUGUGCUGGAGCAAGAGGAGUACAAGAAGGAGGGGAUUGAAUGGGAGUUCAUUGACUUUGGCAUGGACUUACAGGCUUGCAUUGAUCUGAUUGAGAAGCCUAUGGGUAUCAUGUCCAUCCUUGAGGAGGAGUGCAUGUUCCCAAAAGCCAGUGACACCACCUUCAAAGCAAAGCUUUAUGACAACCACCUAGGAAAGUCUGCAAAUUUCCAGAAGCCCAGAAUUGUUAAGGGAAAACCAGAGGCUCAUUUUGCCCUGAUGCACUAUGCUGGUACUGUGGAUUACAACAUCAACAACUGGCUGGUGAAGAACAAGGAUCCUCUGAAUGAGACUGUUGUUGCACUGUAUCAGAAGUCCUCACUUAAGUUACUGGCUCUCCUAUUUGCAAACUACGCUAGUGCAGAGCAAGCCAUGGCUGACGCUGCCGCUGGAAAAAAAGAAAAGAAGAAAAAGGGAUCAUCUUUUCAGACAGUGUCUGCUCUCCACAGGGAAAACCUCAAUAAGCUGAUGACAAACUUGAGGUCAACUCACCCUCACUUUGUCCGCUGCAUCAUCCCCAAUGAGACUAAAACUCCAGGAGCUAUGGACAAUCCCCUGGUCAUGCACCAGCUACGCUGUAACGGUGUACUGGAAGGCAUCCGAAUCUGCAGGAAGGGCUUUCCCAACAGAAUCCUGUAUGGAGAUUUCAGACAAAGAUAUCGCAUCCUGAAUCCUGCUGCAAUACCAGACGGUCAGUUCAUAGAUAGCAGGAAGGGAGCAGAGAAAUUGUUGGCAUCACUUGACAUUGAUCACCAGCAGUAUAGGUUUGGGCACACCAAGGUAUUUUUUAAAGCUGGCCUACUGGGUCAACUGGAGGAGAUGAGAGAUGAGCGUCUGUCUAAAAUCAUUACUGCAAUCCAAGCUAGGUCUCGUGGUCUACUCUCAAGGAUUGAGUACCAAAAGAUGGUGGAACGAAGGGAUGCCUUGCUGGUAAUCCAGUGGAAUGUGCGUGCUUUCAUGGGAGUGAAGAACUGGCCUUGGAUGAAGUUGUACUUCAAAAUAAAGCCAUUACUCCGAUCUGCUGAAGCAGAGAAGGAAAUGGCCAACAUGAAAGAAGAGUUCUUGAAAUUGAAAGAGGCUUAUGCUAAAUCUGAAGCACGCAGGAAAGAACUUGAGGAGAAAAUGGUCACUCUUCUCCAAGAGAAGAAUGAUCUUCAGCUUCAAGUACAGACGGAGCAAGACAACCUCUGUGAUGCUGAAGAAAGGUGUGAGGGGCUGAUCAAAAGUAAGAUCCAACUUGAGGCAAAAGUGAAAGAGAUGACAGAGAGACUAGAGGAUGAAGAAGAGAUGAACGCAGAACUGACUGCUAAGAAAAGGAAACUGGAGGAUGAGUGCUCUGAGUUAAAGAAGGACAUUGAUGAUCUGGAACUAACUCUGGCUAAAGUGGAGAAAGAGAAGCAUGCCACUGAGAACAAGGUGAAGAACCUGACAGAGGAAAUGGCAGCUCUGGAAGAAAUCAUUGCCAAACUGACGAAGGAGAAAAAAGCUCUGCAGGAAGCUCACCAGCAAACACUGGAUGACCUACAGAGUGAGGAGGACAAAGUCAACACUCUAACCAAGGCCAAAGCCAAACUAGAGCAGCAAGUGGAUGAUCUAGAGGGAUCUCUAGAGCAAGAGAAAAAAAUUCGCAUGGAUCUUGAAAGGGCAAAAAGGAAGCUGGAGGGUGACUUAAAGUUGACCCAAGAAAACAUCAUGGACUUGGAAAAUGAUAAACAGCAGCUGGAGGAAAGACUUAAGAAGAAGGACUUUGAGAUCAGUCAGCUUAACAGUAAGAUUGAGGAUGAACAAAACAUAAUUGCCCAGCUCCAAAAGAAACUUAAGGAGCUACAGGCACGUGUAGAGGAGCUGGAGGAAGAGCUUGAGGCAGAAAGAGCUGCCAGAGCUAAGGUGGAGAAACAGAGAGCAGACUUAUCUCGGGAGUUGGAGGAAAUAAGUGAGAGGCUGGAGGAGGCUGGAGGAGCCACCGCCGCUCAGAUUGAGAUGAACAAGAAGAGAGAGGCUGAGUUUCAGAAACUUCGUAGAGAUCUUGAAGAGGCCACUCUGCAGCAUGAGGCCACAGCAGCAACACUGCGGAAGAAACAAGCUGACAGUGUGGCUGAUCUGGGAGAGCAGAUAGACAACCUGCAGAGAGUCAAACAGAAACUGGAAAAAGAGAAGAGUGAGCUCAGGCUGGAGUUAGAUGAUGUGGUUUCCAACAUGGAACAAAUCGUCAAGUCCAAGACAAAUCUGGAGAAGCUGAGUAGGACUCUGGAAGACCAGGUCAAUGAAUACCGCACUAAGGCUGAAGAAAAUCAGAGAGCCCUCAAUGACUUUGCUACUCAGAAAGCAAAACUUCAGGCGGAGAAUGAUGAGCUUACCAGGCAGUUGGAGGAGAAAGAAUCUCUAGUCUCUCAGCUAACAAGGGGCAAGCUCUCCUACAGUCAGCAGCUUGAGGAUCUGAAAAGGCAGCUGGAGGAAGAAGUCAAGGCAAAGAACGCCUUAGCUCAUGCAGUACAGUCUGCACGUCAUGACUCUGACCUGCUUAGAGAGCAAUUUGAGGAGGAGCAGGAGGCUAAGGCAGAGCUGCAGCGCAGUCUCUCCAAGGCAAACUCUGAAGUGGCUCAGUGGAGAACCAAGUAUGAAACCGACGCCAUUCAGAGGACUGAAGAACUGGAGGAGGCCAAGAAGAAGUUAGCUCAGCGUUUGCAGGAUGCUGAGGAAGCAGUGGAGGCGGUGAAUGCUAAAUGCUCCUCCUUAGAGAAGACUAAACACAGACUCCAGAAUGAGAUUGAAGAUCUCAUGGUAGAUGUGGAAAGAUCUAAUGCAGCUGCUGCAGCUUUGGACAAGAAGCAAAGAAACUUUGACAAGGUCCUGGCUGAAUGGAAGCAGAAGUAUGAAGAGUCUCAGAGUGAGCUGGAGAGCUCCCAGAAGGAGGCCAGGUCUCUGAGCACUGAACUGUUCAAACUGAAGAACUCCUAUGAGGAGUCUUUGGAUCAUCUUGAAACAGUGAAAAGAGAGAACAAGAUUCUUCAAGAGGAAAUCACUGACCUGACCGAGCAACUCGGUGAGAGUGGAAAGACAGUCCAUGAACUGGAGAAAGUCCGUAAACAGUUGGAACAAGAGAAAACUGAAAUCCAAGCCGCUCUGGAGGAGGCAGAGGCAUCACUUGAGCAUGAGGAGGGUAAGAUCCUGAGGGCUCAGCUAGAAUUUAACCAGGUGAAAGCUGAUAUUGAGAGAAAGCUUGCUGAGAAAGAUGAGGAAAUGGAACAAUCAAAGAAAAACCUUCAAAGGACUAUCGAGACCUUGCAUAGUUCUUUGGAAGCUGAAACUCGCAGCAGGAAUGAGGCUUUGAGGCUGAAGAAGAAAAUGGAGGGAGACCUCAAUGAGAUGGAGAUCCAGCUGAGCCAGGCUAAUAGGCAGGCUGCUGAAGCCCAAAAACAACUUAAAGGUCUACAUUCUCAUCUGAAGGAUGCCCAACUACAGUUGGAUGAUGCUCAUCGUGCCAAUGAUGACCUUAAGGAGAACAUUGCCAUUGUAGAGAGACGCAACAACUUGCUGCAGGCGGAACUGGAGGAGCUAAGGAGUGUCCUCGAACAAACUGAGAGAGGUCGCAAGCUUGCUGAGCAAGAGCUGCUGGAUGUCAGUGAACGGGUGCAGUUGCUGCACUCCCAGAACACAAGCCUUCUGAACCAAAAGAAGAAGCUGGACAGUGAUAUAUCCCAGCUUCAGUCUGAGGUGGAGGAGGCUGUGCAAGAGUGCAGAAAUGCUGAAGAAAAGGCCAAGAAAGCCAUCACUGAUGCUGCCAUGAUGGCAGAGGAGCUGAAGAAGGAGCAGGACACCAGUGCUCACCUGGAGCGUAUGAAGAAGAACAUGGAGCAGACCAUCAAGGACCUGCAGCACCGUCUGGAUGAAGCAGAACAAAUUGCUAUGAAGGGUGGCAAGAAACAGGUGCAGAAACUGGAGGCCAGGGUAAGAGAACUGGAAAAUGAAAUUGAAGUAGAGCAGAAAAGAAGCAGUGAAGCCGUGAAGGGAAUCCGUAAAUAUGAGCGACGCAUCAAGGAGCUCACCUACCAGACUGAGGAGGACCGUAAGAAUAUGGCCCGUCUUCAAGACUUGGUGGACAAGCUUCAACUGAAAGUUAAAUCCUAUAAGAGAUCUUCAGAGGAGGCUGAGGAACAGGCCAACACUAAUCUAAGCAAGUUCCGCAAGCUCCAGCAUGAGUUGGAUGAGGCUGAGGAGAGGGCUGAUAUCGCUGAGUCUCAGGUCAACAAACUGCGUGCCAAGAGUCGUGAUGCUGGCAGCAAGAAAGGAUUUGAUGAAGAAUGAAGCUCAAGACUAUCUCUAAUUCAUUACCUGCUGUUCACAGCAGACUGUCCUUCAUAAUCCCUGUACUCUUUCAUUUUAAUCAAUAAAAUCACUUCCAGCAGCCAAA